CGCACGCCAGCCCGCACACCAGCCUCGCCCACAAUGCCCCGCGCCCGCACAUGCCCGCCUCCAUGUCUGCCCCCGCCGGCAAGCUGCCGCGCCUGCUGCCCGCCGACCUGUCCGCCUACAGCGACGCCCUGCUGCCGACCGCCGCCAUCCCGACCUCUGCCACCUCGCUCGCCGAGCUCGCCCACCUGAUCCGCCUGCAGGGCUACCAGGAGCAGCGCAAGGCCCACUCGCGCGUGCGCCUGCACCGCUGGCUCGUGUCGAGCGCCCUCUCCGCCCGCCUGGUGCACUGCGGCGAGCUGGCCUACCGCACCCUGGUCGACAACUUCCGCUCCGACGACAAGAAGCACUUCGCCCUGCUGUACAACGCCCUCAACGACGUCCGCAACUCGUGCGACGCCACCCGCCAGUACGCCCUGCUCGAGCCCGACCUGGACUUUGCCAAAGCCCGCACCACCUCCAAGACGGACAAGGCCGCCCUCAAUUUCUCUACCUUUCUCAAUCACGUGCCGUCCAAGAUUUUGGACGACCUUCUUGAUUUCAUUUCUGAAGUUCGCACCAACCCCGAUUUCCUAGCUGCCCGCAUUGCGAGUCUGUCGCAGCAAGAACUCGCUUCUCUUUCGUCCUUUCGUCAAGCACUUGAUCCUGUAGAGUCUGUAAUUGCCAUCACCGGCGCGAGAGGUAAAAACCCUGCCGCGAGCAAGCCCGCCCAGAACGGCCCCAGCCCGGUCGAGCGUCUGCUGAGCUUCCAGCGCCAUGACCCGCUGGCCACGCUGAUCUACACCAUCUUUGCCAACUCCUCGGGACCGGACUCCGCCGAGGACCUGCGCCGCACCGAUGUUUGGGCCACUACCUGCGCCAAGAUGAUCAAGGAGAACAAGGCCGGAACCGACAGGUUUGUAAAGACGAUCCUCGAUGUAUGGGCCGGUAUGCGUGAAUGGCCCGGAAAGGCAAACUUGGAGCUCUACCUGAUGCAGGCCCUGCAAGACGGCCAGUUUCUCCUGGAAAAGGCCGAGGACCAGCCCACACGCCAGGGCCAGCCGGCCCCGCGGAGCACCAAAGACACCAUUGCCGCCGACGAGUUCUUCGACAAGGCCGUAAAGCGCCUGUUCGAGGUCAUCGACGACGAGCCCAGCGCCGGAGGCAUCCCCGAAGGAGUCCUGGAAAUUGGAAAUGCCAUUCUCCGCAAGCUGGACGACGAGAGGGGCAUCCGCCGCGGAGCCCAGAGCUUCUUCGUCUCGCGUUGGCUCUUCACCACAUACCUGAUGAACGCCAUCAUUCACCCCGAGACGCACGGCAUCAUGAUCCAGCACCACAUCAGCGAACACGCCCGCCAGAAGAUCCUCAAGGAAAUCGCAGUCCGCGCGCAAAAGCACGUUUUGGAUCUGACCUACAAUUGGAAGCAGCAGGUGCCCGUUUUGCCCGAAAUCCGCACCCACAUCGAGAGCAUCAUAGCCAGAUUCAAGCACACCAAGACGUAUUCCAAGCCGAUUCUUCUCCCGGCAAAGGCCAUCACAUCUCCGCGCGAGACUGUCGAAGUCCAGCCUUUUAUCGUGCUGUGUCCGUCGGACAUCAUUACUUUGGUGAACACGCUCUUCCCUGAGCGACGCCCGUCGUCGAGCCAUUUAAACAAAGAUGCGGAGCGCCGCGGCGGGAUUGCAUCGUCUGCGUCGUCCAUCUCUGCUGUCUCAAUGCCGUUUCGCAGCGCCUCUGCCACUGCGACUGACGCGAGCUCGGUGCUGAGCGCCAGUGCAUCCUCCAUGACCAGCGACACCACCUCCAGAGAGCCCCUCCUCGACACUGGCAACAUCGACAUGACCCGACCUCUAGGAGAAGCGUAUGCCGAGUCCAAGAUCGCGCCUAGUGAAAGCUAUGGCCGACACCUCAGAAUGGCUUGUUCUGAAAUGACACGUAUCCUCGGAUUCGAUGCCACAUCUGGGACUUGCCACCCGUGCAAAGAACGCUGGGCGGUGCUUUACAUUUCUGCCGACGGCAAGCAACUCAAAUCCCGCAUGCGCAAAGACUCUGAUGACGAAGAUGAGCACGACGAGGAUUCGCAUGACACUGACAGCAGCGACGACGAGGGCACGGGUGCGAUCGAUCUGGAGAACGACUACCACCAGCUGAAGGAGGCAAUCGCAAAGCUGGUGGAAGAGUACGAGAUCCCAAAAGAGCUGGCACCAGACAGCGAAUCCAAGAGCUUCAGCAACCGCAUGACGACUCGAAAGGGAGGGCGAGGCCGUGGCCUGGGCCGCGUUGCCAGCGAGACCUUUGGAUCUCGCAACCCGUAUAACCAGCCGCAGCCGCAGACACAGAGCCAGCUCACCAAUUUGAUCGCAAGCCAGCGCAAUGUGCCUGCGCGACACCGCUCACCGCAGCACCCCAGGAGCAACAGCAACCCGCAGAACCCCAACGAGAGGCAGGACAACAACUCAGUCCUCGUCACAAUGCUCGAGUCGGCUAUGCUCCAGUGCCAGGCCCGUUCCGACUUUGUCAACGCACUCAUGUACCACAAGACACUGGCCAGCCUCCGCAGGCUCAGCGCACCCACCCUCGUUAAGAACGGGUACGCUGCGCUUCUCAACUACUUCUCACGCGGCCCGCGCGACUCUCUGAGCAAGGCCGCCAACGCGAUUGAGGAGUUUGAGGCGUGGUUCGUCUGGCUGAAGCAGUCCCAGGAGAGAUCCGACGGCAUGAUCGAAGAGAUGAUGGUCGGUUUCAACAACCUGCGCGACAAGAUGUGGUACAUCAGCGACGUGCGUGGGUCGAAGGAGUACGACGAUGCCAAAAAUGUCGCUCUUGCUCUCAAGAUCAUGGGCCAGCCCACCAAGACGCUCGACGGCAAGCCGCUCCAGACGCCGCGCGCUCGCAACUACUCCAAGUCGUCGUCGAACAACUUCGCGCUGCGCAACGAGGCCCAGCUUGUGGAUGUCAUGGCUGCGUCUCAGGACUUCGGCGGACCCAACAAGCUGUCUGACGAGCAGUCUGAGAUCACGGCCAAGUGGAUCCAGCAGUAUGGGAUCGAGAACUUUUGCAAGGGCGAGGAGCGCAUCCACCGCUUCUGCCUUGAGAUUGACAAGUGUGUCAACAAGAUUGUUGCCGAUAAUCUGAUGGAAGGGCCAACGCUCUGGGCCAGCGACUUGUACAAGCGCGACCAGCAGAUCCUCGACAGUGGCCGCCAGAAGGGCGAUCUCUUCCUCACUGGCGUCGGCACACUAUCUGUCGCUGGCGAUGAGGAGUACGAGACGCACGGCCGGCCGGGAUCUAAGAAUCUCGACUUUGCCCAGCGCCCGAGUCAAAGCAGUCUGCGCUCGGUCGCCAACCGCAACGUCUCGGGCAGCUUCGAUCAGAGCCCGUGGGCCACCAGCCCUGUUGACUCGCCUGAUUACUUUGGCGCCUCUUCGCCCAUCAUGGCUAUCGACUCCACCACGACGUUCUGGUCGCCGUUCCAAACCCAGGCGCAGUCGCCAACCAACGCAGCCAGCAUCCGCCCGCGCACCGCCUCGUCGUCCAAGGGCACCGUCAUGCUGAAGCAGUCGGCCAGCGUCAACGAGGAGAAGCGCCGCUUCUUGCUUGAGCUGAAGCAGACGCUGACCGGGCUGCUGCUGAGCGAUCUCGGCACCAUGGUGUUUGCCAAUGGUAGCGAGACUGACUCCUGGUUCAGCGGCGACAUCCUCGAAGACUGCAUUCAGCGCAGGGACGAAGAGGAGCGCACGCGCAAGAAGCAGCUCGCCAAGAAGAAGAGCAUGAAGACCCUGCGAAAGCAAACGCAUGCCAAUGACAGGACCGACCGAGGCCAGGCUGCCUCGCCCGUCACUACUCUCCAGCAUGACGCGCAGCACUCCGCAGGCGAGCACUCGUCAACGUCGAGCGAUGCUACAUCCCGCUCAUCUGGCAUCACUGCGAAGAAGGCUGGUCUGCUCGAGUUCCCAUACAACGUUGCGUUCCGACGCCUACUCAGCAAGUUUGCAACCCACCCCAACCCGUACGCUAAGCUACAUGCUCUGUACGAGCUCGAACUUCUCAUCAUCGCCUCGCUUUCUUCCCGCUCUAGCCGCUCAUACAACAACCGCCGCGACACACUCCCGACCGUCCCCCAGUCUCCCACUCUCGGCACCGUUCCCGAGUUCAGCUCCCGUGAGCCUGCCACGCAGCACUCGCGCGCACAGAACCUCGAAGAGGCCAUCGCCAACUGCUCCGAGCGCCGCGCCCACAUCAUGGCCGACGUCCCACACCGCAGCGGUGCACGCUCACCCGUCGGCCCACCUAGCACCGACAUGAUUGUCGAAGUGAUUCAAGGCCUCCUCCGCGACGCCGACAUCCGCCCCAAAUCCCUCUUCCGCGACCUGCAAUACAUCGCGUCCUUUGUGCCUGCCCAGAUGCUCGACAAAACCGAGCGCGGCAAAGCCUUCUGGGACGUCGGCCUGGCCGCCCUCGGCCUCAAGCAAGACGUCUGCCGCAUCAUGGUCGAGCUGGUCGACGAAGUAAUAAACGCCUCAAACAGCACCCGCAGCGCCGCCGUCGCGCCGCCGUCCCCGGAGAAACCCUCCUCCUCCCGCUCCAACACCCCAACGCCCGCCCCCACGCCCCGCUACACCAUGUCCGACGCCGCGCGCCUCCUCCUCAUCACUGCCAAAGAGGGCGACGCCGUCGCCGAGCGCGAGUUGGCCAUCUUCUACCUCACGUCGCCCGAGCUGCUGCACCGCGCCGUCCUCCCCCUCACGCGCCCCAGCGACGUGUUCAAGACCGAGCUGCUCAACCGCGAAAAGCGCGCUAGCCAGGAUCCCGCUAGGAGCGAUCCGAUGACCAUGUGCGUCGCGCAGCACUGGAUGGAGCAGAGUAUGCGCGGCGGCGACGGGCUGGCGGCCAAGUAUCUAAGGCAGCGCAGCGAGCUGGAGAGUAUCCCUGGACGGGUGUGAGUGUGCCCCCCAAGAGAGUGUUGUGUUGUCAGUCCGAUUUGCCCCGUUUUAUACCCGUCAUUCCUGGUUUUUCUUCUUUUGAGCUGUGCGUGCGCGCGGUCUUGUGCUGUUUGGCAUGGCAUGCAUAGCGUGGCGUUUUUCCUCUCGUUGUUCCUAUUUCGGUUUUUUUCGGUCCAUGGUGUUUGUGGGUUUUUACAUGGUGCUGGAGAGUAGUGGUGGCAUUGCGUAAUGUGUGUGUGGUUGCAUGGGUCUGUCGCAUCAUCUGUUGGUGCAAGUGGUGCGUACACGAUGCUUUACAGGCAGACGAGCGAUACAGGUGGGCGACGCGGCAUACGAAUCUCCUAGCCUUCUGAGAUACCAUAUCAUAUCAUGUUUGCGUCAUGGCCGUACAAGGGGAGAUAGCAAGGAGGGGGGUUAGAUUUAGGUAGUAGGUAGCAGGAAAUAGAAUAUUUAUGAUCACA